UUUAGGGCUGCGCUGGCACCCUGGUUUUUCAUGCAUUGUCUUUUUUGUGGGGAUAAGGCCUAGGGAUUUUACUAUCUCCGGCAAAAAGGCGAGCGCGAGGCUAUGGCGGCCGUGGCGGGCAAGUACGCAGACGAGCUCAUCAAGAAUGCCAAGUACAUUGCGACCCCGGGCAAGGGCAUCCUCGCGGCGGACGAGAGCACAGGCACAAUCGGCAAGCGCCUGGCCAGCAUCAAGGUCGAGAAUGUGGAAUCCAACCGGCAGGCGCUGCGCGAGCUCCUCUUCACCGCCCCGGGCGCUCUCCAGUACCUGAGCGGCGUCAUCCUCUUCGAGGAGACGCUCUACCAGAAGACCGCGGCGGGCAAGCCGUUCGUGGACGUGCUGCUGGAGAACGGCGUCCUCCCGGGAAUCAAGGUGGACAAGGGGACGGUGCCCAUCGCCGGUACCAAUGGUGAGACCACGACCCAGGGGCUGGACGGCCUCGCGGGACGCUGCGCCGAGUACUACAAGGCCGGUGCCCGGUUCGCCAAGUGGAGGGCGGUGCUAAACAUCGGACCCUCGCAGCCGUCGGAGCUGGGGAUCCAGGAGAACGCGCAGGGGCUGGCGCGCUACGCCAUGAUCUGCCAGGAGAACGGCCUCGUCCCCAUCGUGGAGCCCGAGAUCCUGGUGGACGGAUCCCACGACCUCAAGACGUGCGCCAAGGUGACGGAGGUGGUGCUGGCCGCGGUGUACAAGGCGCUGAGCGACCACCACGUCCUGCUCGAGGGGACGCUGCUCAAGCCCAACAUGGUGACGCACGGAUCCGAGGCGCCCAAGGCGAGCGCGCAGGAGAUUGCCGAGGCGACGGUGCUGGCGCUGCGGAGGACGGUCCCGGCGGCGGUGCCCGGGAUCAUGUUCUUGUCCGGCGGCCAGAGCGAGGUGGAGGCGACCAAGAAUCUGGACGCGAUGAACAAGCUGGACAUCCUCAAGCCGUGGACGCUGUCCUUCUCGUUCGGGCGGGCGCUCCAGCAGAGCACGCUCAAGACGUGGGGUGGCAAGAAGGAGAAUGUGGCGGCGGCGCAGAAGGUUUUCCUGGUUCGUGCCAAGGCCAACUCGGACGCGACGCUGGGCAAGUACUCGGGCGAGACCGAGAGUGCCGAGGGGGCGUCGGAGAGCUUGCACGUCAAGGAUUACAAGUACUGAUCGAUCGCUAUAGAUCCACAACCAGAAUGGUGAGCUUGAGGAACUGACGAUGUUGCAUGAGGAUUUUGGUGCUUCUUGCAUGCUCUCUACUAUCCAUCUAAUAAAAAUGAGAUUUUUCUAGUGUUU